CGGGUAGGAAGAAUGAUUUGAUUAUGCUAACCGAGAAGGACCAGCUCGUAUCGGCUGACGAGGAGAAGAUCAAGACAGUAGGGUGAAUGGCGAAUGUCGCAUUCCGAUCGGGAAAAGUGCAUGCUUUAGGAGAUGUUGUGGUGCUGGAUGUGAAUACGUAUGACGUUCUUUUCGGGCUUCCUGCAUUGGUGGCGCUGCGUGCUAAUUUAGACUUCGAACGCCGAUCCGUCAUUCUCCGGAAUACCGGGGGAAAGCCGUAUGUAAUACCCAUGAGACUAACUCUUCGAACAUCGGUUAAGCGAAUCAGGGAAUUUGAGGCAAACGGAUGGAUUGAGCCUGCCACCGGUCCCUGGUCCUUCCCAGUUGUAUUGGUUCCUAAAAAGAACGGGUCAGUCCGCAUAUGCAUCGAUUAUCGAAAGCUAAAUGAUAUCACGAUUAAAGAUGUGUAUCCCCUUCCCCGGAUUGAUGAUCUGCUUGAUGUGAUCGGGUGUGCCAACUACUUCAGCAAGUUCGACAUUCGGCAUGGGUUUCAUCAUAUCUUGAUGAAGGAAGAAGAUCGGCCCAAGACCGCCUUCGUUUUGUUUGAAGGCACGUGGCAGUGGGUUCGGUGCCCGAUGGGAAUCUGCAAUGCGCCUGCCACGUUUCAGAGGGCGAUGAACGUGACUUUUCAGAAUUUCGUCAAUAAGACACGGCUGACUCAAGGGAUGAUUAACUUCUGCGUCAUCGUGUACAUGGAUGACAUUCUGGUGUACUCGGACACGUUUCGCGGACACGCGCAGCACAUUGAAUGGACGUUGGGUGCGUUGAGAGACGCAGGUUUCAAGAUUGCGCUGGAAAAGAGCGAGUUCUUCCUCCUGGAAAUCUCAUUCUUCGGGGAUGUGGUGACACGAGGAGGCCUGCGGCCGGACUCUCGAAAAGUCGCGGCAGUCAAAGAGGCCCCUGUUCCGACCUCACUGGCACAGGUUCGAGCCUUCUUGGGCCUGGCCUCGUAUUACCGGCGGUUCAUCAAGGGGUUCACGGCUAUAGCAAGGCCUUUGAAAAACCUGCUGCGAAAAGAACAGCCCCUUCAUUGGGAUGACGAGUGCGACCAGGCCUUCGGGGCCCUGAAGGAUGCUCUCGUCACGGCCCCGAUUCUGAUUCGACCGGACCCCUCUCGGCAGUUUAUUCUCAUCACCGACUGGCAGCCGGAGGCUAUCUCGGGCAUUCUGGCACAGAAGGGAAACGAUGGGAAGGAGCACAUCAUUGAGUACGCUUCCUGGACGGUGCCAGACGAGCGACGAAACGAUUCCGCGCCACAAGGAGAAUGCUAUGCGGUAGUGUGGGGUAUCCAACACUUCCAUCCGUAUUUGUACGGUCAAAAGUUUCUGCUCGUCACCGACCAUGAACCUCUGUUGGCUCUGAAAAAGCUAACCAACUACACGGGCAUGAUCGGACGAUGGGCAGUGUGGUUGCAAGAGUAUGAAUUUGACAUUGUUCAUCGAAAAACGGAGAGACACCGCAACGCCGACGGACUGACACGUUUGCACCGACCCGUGCAUCCAGGCUGUCGGAGGCUUCUCACCCAAGAGCUUACGGUCCCCAUUGCGCAGCUGGCCGACGAUCUUGACGUCAACAUUGUCUCCCAAGUCGACCCGCGCUUGGUGCCCCACGUCACCUCGCGCACGCUGUCGCCGUAUCUUCAGUGGUCAGCUUGUGUGGAGGGGUUCCCAUCGAGAAUUCCGCCUUCACGACUGGAUUAUUUGGAUCCGCGCGACAUCGUGGAUCCCGCUUUCUACAGACCGCCGUACAUGGACGAAUUGGAGGAGAUAAUCCGCGAGGAGCUCGCGGAAGAAAGUUCGAAGGAAGAGGAGGAGAGUCUGAACGAAGACGAAGGGGAGCCGGCACAGCAGCAAGAAGGAGACGAAGAAGAGCUCCUGCAAACGGAGAGCGAGGAGGAAGCAGAAGAAGAAGACAAUGAGCAAGGGAGCGGUGACGACAACGACAAGGAGCAUGCCGACGAGGAUCCCCAGCUAGAAAUUGCGCCGGUUGCUGAUCUUCCGAUCAGCAACGAUCCAACGCUCGACCCGGAGCCACCUCAGCCAGACGACGGCCAUGUGGCCCAGAUGGCUGGGCCGUCCGCUCGCCGACCUCCUUCCCCACCACGAUGCCGACGACGAAGCAGCUCCCCCUCUGCCUCCCUCUCCCUCGCGACCCAUGAGUUCGGAUUAAAGAUCGCAACUAGAACCGUACCAUGGCAAGAUAUCUGCGAUGGGAUCACCCUGGAAGGACGUGUGGCCAUCCAGGAGGAAGACGCCCAGAUGAUGGCCACGGUGUUCUCCUGGCGAUCGGACCAUUUGUUUAGCUCUGCGCCACCACCCGAUGUGGCGAAACAAGCACGCAUGAAGCAGAUCGACGUACGGAUCUGGGAUCAGCUCUUCGAGUUACAUGUCCCACAAUACGUACCUGAUGAGAUUCAUCGUUUGAUUUUGGACAUUCUGACGGAGUAUCAGGGAGCGAUUAGUGUAACGGACACUGACAUCGGCUUGUCGUUGGUGCGGCGAACGGGAGUGGAGGGCGAUCUGCUCGGAUUCCUCUUCGGAUCGGUGCGGCCCAAUCAUCGCCAACCAAUCACGCAAGAACUAACGGUCCCCCUGGCGCAGCUGGCCGACGAUCUCCCACUUGAGAUCGUCUCGCAGAGCGACAACAGCCCAGUCCUGCACGUCCUCGCAUGCACAUUGACGCCAUACCUUCGGUGGUCGGCGUGUUUGGAGGCGCCCGGAAGCAGCCGCAACCCACCGUCACAGCGAGGUUAUCUGGACCCGCACGAGAUAGUCGAUCUCGCCUUCUUUCAAGAUCGGACGGCCUCCGAGAACGAAGAGGUAGAGAUUGAAGCGGAAGAGGAAAGCUCAGAAGAAGAAGAAGAAGCUGAAGAAGAGGCCGACGAGGAAGAAACUCCCAAAGAGGGGAGUUAUAGUGAGCACAGCGAAGGGGAGCAAAGUGAGGAGGAGAAGGAGGAGGAGGAAGAAGAACAAGACGGAGAGGAGGAAGAAGAAGAAGACCAGGAGGAGCUAGAAGAGUCGGAGUGGGAAGGAUUUGAGGAGGAAGUGCGUGACGAGGCUUGGGCGCAGGCCCAGGCACAGAAGAGGGAAGAGAUCCCGGCCGGAAAGCGACAGCUGGAGUUUGCCAGCGUAGCAGGCCACGAGAUGACGAUCCUUCUCAAUCGCUUCGUGAAGGUGGUGGUAAUCGGAAUGAGUCGACGACGAUCGUCGGAGGAGGAGUCGGUGCGCGUGAACGUCCGGAGUGGAUGCGCUUGUCACCUGCGUCGUGAAGCGGAUCCGGCGCUCCUCCUGGACGCCAGCGGCCGGAGGAUUUGUGUGAGGGAGGGCUUGCAUCAACGUGGAACGGAGACAAUCACGAGAGGGGUGCAACGGCUCCACGUGGACGAAGGGGAUGAAGCGGCUGUUGAGGAGGCCCAGGGGUGUGACGACGUUGACGGUGACGACGAUUGCAACUCCGACGAUUUGCCUGACAUUAGGCCGCUUGGGAGGAAGGUGACGAACGGCGGAGCGAGUGUGAAGAAAGGUCCCGCUACAAAAACUCGACGGAGCAAGAAAAUGGAUGAUGACACAGGCCGGAGCGAUGGCGAGGGCGGCCGCAAUUUCUGGUCGGUCGGAGACACGACCGCACUCGUCAAGGCAAAAAGGGAUCAGGAUUUGUAUAUCGCCAGCAUGGGCACCAGUUUCGCCCGCAUGAAAACGAGGGAGUGGAAGUGGGAGGACGUGCGGGCGAGGUUGCAGACGAUGGGCGUGACGAGGGAGGUCGUCGACUGCGGGAAGAAAUGGGACAACUUGAUGCAGCAAUUCAAGAAGGUCCACAAGUUCCAGAACCUCUCCGGCGGGAAGGACUACUUCAAGCUUGCUUCAAAGGCCAGGAGAUCGGAGGGCUUCAACUUCGUCACGGACCGGAGCGUGUACGACGAAAUAGAGGCCAUGACGAAGGGGGAUCACACGAUCCACCAGAAAAAUUUGGCGGACACAAGGGCGGCCGGUGAGGUUCAGAUGCCAGCAGGCGCGGGGGCUGGAGGGGACACUAUGGCCAGUGAGGGUGGAGGGGAGGCAGCUGACGAGGGGCAGGGGUCGACGAAAGACUCCACAUUCAGCGCGGGGAGCGGCGGCGGUUAUAGGAAGAGGAAGAACAUACAGCAACAAACCUUUGAGGCCGUCGUCGAGGUCAUGGACAAGCAUGGUGCACUCAUGGCGAGCACAAUGGACAGUGCGAGCAAGCGGCAAUGCUCAAUGAUGUUACGUCAGUGUGAAAUCCUGGAGAGCGAAGUGGAAGUGCAGAGGAAACAUUAUGCUGCGGCGGAUGAGGCGAACAGAAUGAUAGGCGUCGAAGGGUCUGCAGGCGCCUCGAGGAAGGUGGGCGUGGCAACAGAUGAAGGGCGUGUGCACGAAGGAGGUCUGGAGAGUUGUUGUCAUACGUAUCACUGUCCACGACGACGGCAGGCGAAGAAUCGUGGUCGGGGCCUAUCCGUCUGCUCCAUGCUUUUGAUGCGUCUGCGCCUCCUCCAGCAUAAAGGUCGUCCACUUGCAGCUUCUCCAGCACUGAAGGUCGGCGCACACCGUGCGCAGCGACGACAUCCAUGCGGAACGCCCUAUGCCUUUUCUCGUCGUCGCACUGCACAACGAUCGCGUGGUCGCCCGUUUCUUCGCAGUCCUGCUCGUCUGGGACUUCUUCAAUGUCGUCGUCGAUCAUCGCUGUGGAUCUUGUCGCUCUCCUUCUCGCCGCGGAUCCUUCUCGCUACGGAUCCGUAUCGCCCCUUCGGAGGUCCGGCGUCCUUUACUCGCGAAGAUCUUCUUCUCGAAGCGGAGCAGUGUCCACAGGGUUCAUCUCCUUCUCGCGUUCGCAUCGACGUCGAGCUUGUGUGUGUGGCGAGGGCGGGCCCCUCUCUCUUUGUCGCCGCGGAUCUGUCUCGCCACGCGGGGGUUCGUCGUCGUCUGUGUCGUCUUCUUCUCGCCGCGAACCAGUCUCGCCGGUGUCGCCCAAGUACUUCGGUACACGUGGACGCAUUGCUCCCCAGGGCGGCAAAGGCGCUUGUUCGUCGUCGGUGCGAAGGCAGGUGUAGCCACAGAUGGCCAUUGACGAAGGCGGGAAACAUGUUUGCGCGAGGCGGCGCCCGUGGCAAGAAGCGGGAAAACAUCACCGCGGACACUCAAGGGCGAGAAAGGGGUCGGCGGCAUGUCCCCAAGGCGAAGAGGCUCCGUUCGGAAGAAGCAUCAGCAAGCCUGCCUCUUCGACGAGGGCGAAGUUGGGCGGCAGCUAACGAAGAGGAAGACAACGACGUGUUCACGACGGAGGAGGAAGCAGCUGAGGACAACGUGUUCGCGCCUCGGGGAAGCAAUCUUCAACGCUCAUCUGAUCAGAGCUGUGCGAGAAGAUUGUUGACGCCCCCUCCGGAGGCGCAACAAGUGCAUGCCCACAACACCCCGAAGGCAAAGGAGGUUGUCGUCGACGUCGGCGGCGAGGACGACGAGCCCUUGGAAAGCCGUAGGCAGCGCAAUGUCAUACAAGGAGCCACGGCGACGACAGUCAGGAUACGCGGCGCGACUGAAGAAAGGCCACCUCAGGGUGGCCUGCCUUCACGCCGUCCCAGCCCCGUCCGCGCAACACGGCUGCAGAGGGAGACUCCAUGGAACGCAGGGGAGGGGAGGGGGCCAGCAAGAAGCGCACGUGGCGAGUGGGGGGCCGAUCGCUGGUGCAGCCACGGGGUCUUCGGGCAAUGUUGCUGCCGUGGUGAGGGCGAGAGAGGAGCUCCCUGUUGUGGAGCGGAAGGUGACGCGCGGCUACAACAAGGGUGAAAGGGAGGAUGACGACCCCCUUCUAAGCCGGGUUCGGAGGGGAGGGAUGGCGAAAGAUCUGGCCGAGCAUGCCCACCU